AUGACGGGUAAUCGAAAUCGUAAGCGAAAGCGGAGAAGUGGGUCAGGUGCAAACAAAAGUUCUGCAAAAAGAGCGAGGCAAGAGCAAGAUGAGGAAGCUGGACCGUCUGGUUCAUCUGUCACUCCGAAAACACCAAAAACUCCACAGAGUCGAAGUACACCAGGAGAAAGAGUGAGACAAGAAGACGAAGCUGGCCCAUCUGGUACUCAAGGAAUUCCUCCGAUUCGGAGAACACCAGUGAAAAGAGUAAGACAGGAAGACGAACCAGGUCCAUCUGGUAUUCAAAGAACGCCUCCGAUCCGAAAAACACCAAUGGAAAGAGUAAGAGAAGAAAACGAAGCUGGUCCAUCUGGUACUCAGAGAACGCCUCCGAUCCGAAGAACACCAAUGGAAAGAGUAAGAGAAGAAAACGAAGCUGGUCCAUCUGGUACUCAGAGAACGCCUCCGAUUCUGAGAACACCCGUGAAAAGAGUAAGACAGGAAGAUGAAGCUGGGCCGUCUGAUAAUCAGAGAUCUCUCCCGGUACGAAGAACUCCAGCGAAGAGGGGAAGACAAGACGACGAAGCUGGUCCAUCUGGUACCCAGAAUACUCCUCGGGUACAAAGAACUCCAGCGAAAAGAGGAAGGCAAAAUGACGGAGCUGGGUCUUCUGGUUCGCGAAGGCCACCAAAUAAUCCACGUCAAAGAACACCAAAAACUCCGAAAAAUCCGAGAACGCCGAAUACCCCAAAAACCCCAAGAACAGCAAGAUCUCAAAAAAGCCAGAGAACUCCUAAUACACCAAAAAAUCAGAAUAAAUGGAAAGGUCCGAGAACUUCAGGAAAACCCAGAACUCCUAACACACCUAAAACGAGAAGAAAACAAAAAUGGACGAAAGGAAUGAAAAAUAAGAAGACUGGUACAACUUCAAAAGAUCCGGGGAAUCCAAAGAAGAGAAAGCGUUGUAGAAGAGGAGGUAAGGGAAAACGCAGGAAGAUCUUUGUCAAGAAGGUUGGCAAACGAAAAGCAAUCUAUCAGCUUCAAAGACGUCCACGUCUCAAUGCUAUUCGUCUCAAAGUUACCAGAACUAUAGAGAGAGCGCUCGUGGAAGCACCAAAAGUCCCACUGAUCUAUCAUCUUUUCACUGAAAGAGAUUCAAUGGGGACGCCCAGAGCACCACUGCGACAAGUUCUAAGCGCUUUGAAGAUUUCGGAUUAUGUGAAAAGGUCUCAUCUUCUCAAGGAUACUCAUAUGAAGUCACUGACCAAAUUCACUACACUUUUCGCCAUCGAGGAAGAUGAACCAUACGGAGGGCUUUACUUGAAAUAUUGGCCGAUUUAUAACAAACAAGCUGCCACGGUUUAUGUUGAUAAUCUGCCAGAGGGAUGUUGUGACGCUCAGUUAAUGAGAUUGGCGGAAUGUUAUGGAACUGUUGCUGAAUUAUCCGUUUCAAAGAAAAUACCCAGAAUGAUUCGACCAAGAACGAAAAGGCCAAAGCCAAAACCAGAUGAUCCUCCUGCUCCUCGUCGCAAUCGCCGAGAUCCUCUAGAAGAAAAGAAACCAUUAAUUGACGUUGGCUCUCGUCCAAAAGCUUUCGGAUUCAUAAGAUUUGUCGAUCAAGAUUCAGCAACUAACAUGAUCCGUGCGUUUAUUGUCAAUGAUCCAACGAUACUUCAUGAAAAAAUGGAAGAAAGGCGACGAGAAGAGGAAAGAGCUGCUGCUCUAGCACGACGCGUAAACAGCGAUGAGAUUCCUGAUCUUUUGAUUCCUGGAGAUAUCGAGGAUCUUGUUCCAGUGGUUCCUCGAGAAAUCCCUCGACCAAGACCGAAAUAUCAAGAACUUUAUAUGAAGAAAUUAAUUCGAGAAAUGAGAUUUUUGAAACAACGACGAAAGCGAAGACCGUGGCCAAUGUAUGUCAGGCUGUUAAGAUUGAAACGAAGAUUUAGAGCGCUCCGUAGAAUAGAAUAUAUAUGUCUUCGAAGAGCUGGUAUCAUUGACCCUAGAGCGAAAGUCAGAUACGCAGAACGACGUCGAAUUAUGGCGGGAUUCCCUCGACAAAAAGCCAGAACAUCUCGUUCGGGUCGUCGUCCUCCUCCAGCAUCCCCUGAACAUGAAGAAGAAUCAACGUCGAACGCUCCGUUUCCCUACUAUAUCAAUCGUCGAAAACGUAAGAAGAAUAUAAAAUAUCUGAAGAAGAGGGCGGAAAAAAGGAAACUAGAAAUGGAAGAAAAAAGAAAGAAGAGAUUGAAGGCAGCGUUGUGGGCGAAGAAGCAUAGAAUACCAAGAGGAACGAUUUAUGUUAAAAGAUAUGUACACGGAGUACGCGUAACAGUGAAGAAGAGAAUGAGGAAGAAGAUGAGUAGAAAGUUGGCGAAGCACAUUCCAGGAGGACAAGUUCGGAGAUUCUUCGAAGAUGUUCAAGUUUUAUCACUGAAAAAGUAUCUGGCACUGAAGAAAGAAUACAAGAAGUUGAUCAAACAGGAGAAAGAACGACACCGUGAAGAAAUGGAAGCACCACCAGCUGAAGCCGAUGGUCCUCCAAUGGUUGUCGAGGAAGUUAUUGAUCCAGAGUUUGAUGUUCCUGAUAUAGAUGUGCCACCGGGUCCGGCGCCCCCACCUAAUAAUGAACCUUUCUUUGAUUUCCAAAUAUAA